GUGCUUGGCCCGCCGAGGGGACGCGGCGCUGGCUCGCUCGUAGCGUCUUCUGAGGAGGGGAGUCAGGCGUUGCGAAAUCAUCGCGGGAAGCUCCAUAACCCACCCGGGGGAUUUCGGAAGCUAGUGGUGGGUAUAAUCAUGACUUUGCCAAUUUGGAGUCUUUGGUUCAUCUCGGUUGCUGGAGCUCAGAGUCUUUCUGCUGAAAAGAUAACUCCAUUUUGUGACAUUGCUCAUUGCAACUUUUCUGGGAAGAGUUUGCAAACAGUUCCACUGGGUCUAUCACAUGUUGCCUUGGACCUGGACCUGUCCUUUAAUACCAUAGUACAUAUCAGAGAUGUGGACCUGAAGUUUGCAGUCAAUCUUAGAACACUUUUGCUUCAAUCCAAUUUAAUUCAGACAAUUGACGAGGAUGCCUUUGACUUUCUUGGAAAGCUAGAGCAUUUGGAUUUAUCAAAGAAUAAUCUGACCCACUUGUUACCCUCUUGGUUCAGACAUCUUUCUUCUUUACAGAAGUUAAACAUAAAAGGUAACUCCUAUUCGAAACUUGGGGAAAUUCCGUUAUUUUCUGGCUUACAAAAGCUGGGAUAUCUGUACUUGGGAAAUGAGAAGUUCUCUUCUUUACAGACAAAAGAUUUUGAAGGAAUUUCAGUUCUUGAAGAACUGGAGAUUGAAGGAAAAAAUCUUAAACAGUAUCAACCAGGAACUCUACAGUCUCUUGAGCACAUAAAUCACAUUUUUUUGAAUGUUCCUAUCAACUCUGUAUUGCAUCAGAUUAUAAUUGAUGUUAAAAAUUCUGGGGUGUCUCUUGAACUGAGAAAUAUCCAAUACCCUAACCUUUUAUCCCUUAUCUCUUAUUUCAGAGAAGUUCCAGUGAAUGCUCAGAAGCUUGUAUUUAGAAAUAUUGAACUUUUAGAAAAAUAUGUUGCUUGGUUAAUGUAUGUGUUAUCCAAUAUGAGUCAGCUACAAGAGUUAGAACUUAUAAAUAGCAGAUUACAGGGCACUGGGAUAUUUUAUGAUAUUCAGAAUAUUUCAAGUAAUGUACAUAUAAUAACAAUUAGAAAUUUAACAAUAGAUUCAUUUUAUUCAUUUUCAGAUCUUUCAUCUAUGUUGUAUCUUGUAGAGAAUAUUACCAGGCUGACAAUUGAAAAUACAAAAGUUUUUCUUGUGCCUUGCAAUCUUGCAAAAACAUUCCAUUCAGUGCAGUAUCUUGAUUUCAGUAUUAAUUUGUUUCGGGAUCCAUUUUUGGAGCAUUCAUUGUGUCCAGGCAGUUGGCCUAAACUGCAGACUUUCAAUGUCAGUCAAAAUUCUUUGACACAUAUUGGUAGAAUAGCUCAAAGCAUGUCUCAUUUAGUCAAUCUUACUAACUUGGAUAUAAGUCAGAACAACUUAGAACAAAUGCCAGAGUCAUGUCCUUGGCCAAGAAGCUUGAAAUAUUUAAACAUCUCUGGCUGUAAAGUAGAAAAACUUACAGGUUGCAUUCCUGACUCUUUAGAAAUUCUGGAUGUUAGCAACAAUUUCCUCUAUGAUUUUAAGGUGAGCCUGCCUCAUCUUCAGGAGCUUUACAUAAAAAAUAACAGAUUAAAAGCCCUGCCAGACACUGACUGCAUCCCUCAUGUAAGGAUUGUGAAUAUUAGAGAAAACAAAGUGUUUGAGUUCUCUGAGCAGGAACUGGAAAAGUUUGUAGAAUUGAAGACACUGGAUGCCUGUCAUAACAGCUUUCAAUGCAAGUGUGCAUUUGUUUCCUUUGUGCAAUCUCAUCCAAGAUUAUAUAAUAUCUGUGUUGGUUGGCCUGAAAGCUACAUUUGUGAUUCUCCAGAUUAUGUAAAAGGGGAGCAAAUAGGAGUUGUCCAGCUACAAUUGAGUGACUGUCAUUUCAGUUCAGUCAUCUCCAUCGCUUGUAUUCUGAUACUCCUGACCAUCCUGGUGGCAGCAUUUCUUUGCUACAAGUUUCAUGUGAUUUGGUAUAUGCGCAUGACCUUGGCCUGGCUUAAAGCAAAACGUAAGCCUCAAAGGAGCCACGACCAGGCAGUCUGCUAUGAUGCAUUUGUUUCCUACAGUGAACAAGAUGCUGAAUGGGUGGAAAAUAUGGUGCAGAUGCUGGAGCAAACAAACCCUCCAUUUAAACUCUGUCUUCAUAAAAGGGAUUUUAUGCCUGGCAAAUGGAUUGUAGACAAUAUUAUUGACUCCAUUGAGAAGAGCUCUAAAACCCUGUUUGUGCUUUCGGAGCAUUUUGUACGGAGUGAAUGGUGCAAGUACGAAUUGGAUUUUUCUCACUUCCGGCUUUUUGAUGAGAAUAAUGACACAGCCAUUUUGAUUCUCUUGGAGCCCAUUCCAGCAAAAACAAUUCCUGACAGGUUUUGCAAACUCCGAAAACUAAUGAAUACCAAAACUUACCUUGAAUGGCCAAUCAGUGAAGAUCAACAACAAAUAUUUUGGUUUAAUCUGAAAACAGCAAUAAAAGCCUAGGUGAGAUGCUGGGGUAACAGGCCAUUUCCAGUACAGCCAGCUUGAGCACUACCUCUGAUGCGAAGAAUUCAGUACAGUUCAGGAUAGACAACUGAUAGUCCAGGUCAGUCCAAUAGCAGGAGACAAGUAGGAUUCCAGAACUACUAUGUUUCCUUGAGCCCCAGACAUUUCCUUCCCUGUGUACUUUGACUGCUUUUCUCUGAGCAGAAACAUUGGGAAUAUGCAGCACUAGCCCGGUCCAAGUUUUGCAUAUGUAUUUCAACUCUUCAGAUGUUUAUGAGAACCAAGAAAUUAGCGGGGGAGUGUGUAGCAGCUGAUGUCCUGAGGGGGCCAGUUCUAGCAGAGUCUCAAGAAACAAAAUUGAGAGAGGUUGAAAGAACUGAUAUACAAAAUUUGUGCAUUGCAUUAGGCCACUAUUUGCAUAACUGAUUUAAUCAAUAAGAUAUUAUUGAAUUACAAAUCACAGGGCCACAUAACACAGUAAGCCAAACCCAAGCAAGGUGCACUGUGGUUUAGUGUGAUGUAUGCACUGAGUUAACUUUUGUGUGCCAAGAAGAUGAGACAAGCAGGGGAAUCAACACAGAUAGUUUUUCAGUCAUUAUUAAUUAUAAAAAAUAGCAUCUAUUAAAUUCACUGUUGAACAGGAAGAUACAUUGUGUAAAUGUCUAUUGUUUAAAUAUUAAACAUUAAGUAUAAAAUAUACUCCUGUAACUUGGGCCUUUUAGAGCUUUUAGGAUUUGAUGGUUGCUGAGAGCUAACCACUUGAUGGCACAUAAUCAAUCAAUCAAUUGCUAUACGGCAUUUUAUUGGUCUUUAUUAUAUUUUGAAAGCUCCUUAGAGCCAUUAGAAGUAGGCAGCAUAUAAAUGAGUUAAAUGCACAAAAUGAUUAAGUUGUUUAGUUGAAUGUGUCCUGAGAUAAACCAUAAACUGGGAUUUCCUUGUCGUCUUCAGUAUUUGAGAAGAUAUACAGCGCAUUUGCAUUGAGCUUGAUUUCUUUUUUGAGGGGUAGAAGGCACUUCCUGCAGCUAUUUUAGUCUACUAAUUGUAAUGUAUGAAAGAUGUGUUUUCUGGUAACAUUCUCUGAUUGAUAUAAAUAAAAUACUUUUCUUAACUA